UUUUUGGUGGUCAUCUGCUGUAACAACUUAAUCUCCUUGCCUUUACACAUGUGGGAAAUGCCUUCACUUAUAUGUUUGGUUUUAUCAGCAUGUCCCAAAUUGAUUAGUGUACCCGCAGGGGGGCUUCACCGUCUCACUGGGUUAAGGACAUUGCAUAUUGGUCCUUUCACAGAGAUGGUGGAUUUUGAGGCAUUCCAAUUGAUAUUUAAUGGCAUUCAGCAGCUGUUGUCCCUUCGUAAUCUGAGAGUGUGCGGACGUGGUCACUGGGAUUCUCUGCCCUAUCAGCUUAUGCAACUCUCAGCCCUAACUGAUAUCAUAAUAUGUGAUUUUGGAAUCGAGGCUCUUCCUCAUAGACUUGACAACCUUACUUCUCUUGAAAGUUUACAACUAUGGAGAUGCAAACGGCUACAACAUGUGGACUUCUCAAAUGCCAUGCCCAAAUUACGGUAUGUGGAUAUCUAUGAUUGUCCGUUGUUACAAGCUCUGUCGGAUGGGCUCGGCAACCUUGUUUCUUUGCGAGAGUUAAGUUUACGGAACUGCGAAAAACUAGAGCAUUUGCCAUACAGAGAUGCCAUGCUACGCCUCACUAAAUUACAGAGCCUGAAAAUUGAAGGCUGUCCAAAGUUAGAAGAAAGUUGCAACAAUCGGAGUGGCCCAAACUCCCAGUGGUCCAACAUUUCCCAUAUUCAAAAAAUUGAAGUUGGUGGAAGCAUAAUUCAGAACUUGCGUUACUAGUUCCAAGGUCAUGCUUGCACAUCACUGUGGUAAACCAAGUCAAAAUCCAUGAACAACAGGC